GGCGGCAUCGGGGAUCCCUCUACCAAAGUGGAAUCAUGAAUCAAAGGAUACUUACACACAACGUUCUUUCAGUUGAGAAUAUUCCAUUUGUUUCCUGGGAUGGUUGAGAACAUCUUGCAAAAAAAGUUUCAAAAACGGAGCAGACAUAAUUUUAGUCUUGGAAUAUAUUUUUAAAUUAAUGGCACCUUUCAAGAUUAAUAAGCCAACUUGGAAUGCUGUGGCAAUGAAGCUGACAUAUGCAGCUCCAGAGGGAAAGAAAACGGCUUCACAUAGACCAUUUGGUUGUUUGUCCAGCUUCUUUGAUAUUUUGUUAAGUUAUACAGUAUAAUUGAAUAUGAGAUGAUAUACUUAACAGUGGACUUGAGUGACGGGAAUAGCUACUAAAUAUAACAAAGUGACUAUUCUUCCGUAGGGUUGAUGUAAACCUGGAACUGUCUCCACCAGAAUGAUACUAAAUCAACUGAGACAUGCCAAGCAAGUGAAGUAUCACAUUCAUGUAGACUGAUCCAAAUACAGGCUGUUGCCAUACUUAAUAUUUGACAAAGUGAUCUUGCAAAAGUCAUCUGGAGAAGCAAUGGCAUACCCUUUACUACAUUCACUACAACGUAUAUCAGGGACCCCAAAAGCUUGGGAGGAACUUAAAAUAAACUCUUCAUUAGGUAUAUUGAUUGGCAAACUCCAGAUCAUGAACAGGACAUCAUUCAACUGGACUGACAGCAGAAUCAGGGAAUGGGAGCUAUUUGCAGAGUUGGCUAAAUAUGAGUCUGGCUCACAGAAACCUACAGUCAAAGCACUGUUGAUUAUAGCCUAUUCUGUUAUAAUUGUCAUGUCCCUUUUUGGCAAUAUGUUAGUUUGCCAUGUGGUUAUGAAGAAUAAGAGAAUGCACUCAGCCACAAGUUUAUUCAUUGUCAAUUUAGCUAUUUCAGACAUUAUGAUCACCCUGCUGAAUACGCCUUUCACACUGGUUCGAUUUGUGAAUAGUACCUGGAUCUUUGGCAAGGAUAUGUGCCAUAUUAGUCGUUUUGUGCAGUACUGUUCCCUACAUGUGUCUACUCUCACACUCACAGCGAUUUCUCUGGACCGACACCAGGUUAUCCUGAAUCCACUGAAACCACGCAUGUCACUCAGAAAGGGUGUCCUGAGUAUUUCAUUUAUCUGGGUUAUGGCGACGUGCUUCUCCCUCCCUCAUGCUAUAUACCAGAAGCUGUUUCAGUACAAUUAUACGGAAACUACAGUAAGAAGCCUGUGCAUUCCUGACUUUCCUGAACCUGCAGAAGUGGUAUGGAAAUAUUUGGAUCUUUCUACCUUCCUGCUUCUCUAUCUGUUGCCCCUCCUUAUUAUAACAGUCACAUACAGUCGUUUGGCUAAGAAGCUGUGGAUGAGAAAUGCCAUUGGAGACAUCACAACUGAACAGUAUAUCACACACCGCAAGAACAAGAAGAAAAGCAUUAAAAUGUUGGUCCUGGUCGUGGUUGUAUUUGCAGUCUGUUGGUUUCCACUAAAUUGUUAUGUGGUUCUUAUUUCAAGUCUCGGGAUUAAGACAAAAAAUUAUUUGUACUUUGCACUGCACUGGUUUGCUAUGAGUAGCACCUGCUAUAACCCUUUUAUUUACUGCUGGCUUAAUGAGAGCUUCAGACUGGAGCUUAAAUCAUUGCUGGGCAUGUGCCAAGGAGUUUCACAAUCCCAGGAGACUGUUCUUCAACCUGUGCUCAUGCCAUUCAGAGAAGCAUGGGUGGAACAAGCCAGGUUCAAGCAAGGUCCUUCCUCCCACAGCAUUAGGUCUACUACUAAUGUGCAAACUAUAAACACUGACCUGUAAAUGUCGAUAACAGACAUAUGCAAACAACAAAAUACAAAUUAUAGAACUAUACACAUAAUGGAUCUAAUUCCACUAUACAAGACGAGGCAAAGUUCAGAAUAAUAUCAGUUAACAAAUCUCAACCACCACAAAAGGUAUAAAACCGAAUUUUAUCGACUGCAGCUCAAGAUGUGUACGGUGAUGAGUAUAAGUAUCCUUGGCGCUAGCAAUGUUGAACAUUAAACACUAAUCGUGUCCUCUU